AAUAGCCCGAGCAGAGAGGCAGGCCUCCUCAGUCCAGGCAGUGUUCUCGUCGAGUGAGGUCAGGUCAGGCCAGCUUUACCUUCGUAUUUAUCUUUACCUUUAUUUUUCGAAACAUCAUUCAAAAAUGAUGAACACGAGGAAACUUACCGAGAAAACCUUCAAAGCAGUCAAAGACAUAAACGCAGCUAUAUCACACCAUCAUUCCAAACUGCAAGGGAAUCUACAUAAGGAGACAAAACAAGUAGAAGCCACCAGCCAUGUCUUGCGAUCAUCCAGUUCUGGAAUGGCGGCUACGAAGCAGUACGAUUUUUCUGAAAACAGAACUUCAGGAACUGUUUUUCUAUCAAACGAGCACUUCAACCUUCCCCUCCAUACCAGCAAAUAUCGCGUCUCCUGUACUUUGGCAAGUUACAGCUCAUCAACAGGUGUCGUUCCAGCUCCUUCCGAAUUCAUUGGUGGAAUAGCGACCAGCGCACUUGGACCUAAAUAUGACAAGAACUUGAUGAAACAACAAAGCAGGAUGAUGAGUACAAGAGCAGUAAACGCAAACAGAGGAACGAUUGAAGGGAUCAUAACAAACCUUAACGAAAAAUUCAAUGCAGAUAUUGUCAAUGACACGCAGGCCAUUUACCAGUUCAACAUUCUUUCAGGAGACAGGCGAGAGAUUUAUUAUAUCGACUUGAGGAAUGGUUCCGGCAGUGCUGGAAAGGGAAAAUCAGAAGGAAACCCUGAUACCAUAUUUAGCAUAGAUGCGGAGAAUUUCAACAGACUUGUUGAAGGUAACUUAAGAGCACCAACCGCAUUCAUGACUGGAAGAAUGAAGAUCUCCGGCAGCAUGCAGAAAGCUGCAAAGCUUGAAAAAUUAUUCGUGACUCUGUUGAACAAUUGAAUGUUCUGGCUAUGAUGAGGUUAUCAUUAAGAUUUAGAACUUUCUCAAGAUCAUUGAGGCAAACAUACAAGCAAUAAGACUAGAUAAUUAAUUAGAAUUGUCUAGACUCGUGUAUAUUUUUGUAAAUUUUCUUCUUUUUAAUAAAUAAUAAUUUAUUAC